GUUUAUUUUGGCGGCCUUGUUUACUACUUAGAUUUAAUGGGAAAACUUGAAUUAAAAAUGUUCUGAAUGGAGUUCGACUUGGAAAACCUCGCAAACAGCUUUGUGCAACAAUUAGUUGAUCAAAUCUUUGAGAACUAUAAAAAUCAAGUAGAGUCAAACAGCGCGACAAGAGAAGAUCGUGGGAAGUUUUUUUGCGAUUUAUCUUCUUUACUUGGAAGAGAACUGGUGUCCCGAGCCCUACACCUAUUGGAUGAACAUAGCUUCACUUAUUUCUACCUAAAAAACAAUCCACAUAUUUACGCUGUGGAAAUAUCCAAAGGAACGGAGUAUUUCCGGGUUAUCCCGAAGGUCAACUAUUGCAAGUGCGAGUUUUUCCAGUGCUACGUGCUGAAGUUGCCCAGAGGAGUCCUUUACCAGGACCUUCCUAGUGGACAAGCCGGCAUAUUAGAGGAUUGGAGCGAGGAGAGCCGGGAAUCUCUCACCUGUCACCACGUCCUGGCUUUGCGAUUUCACCUACUUCUUAAACCUAAGGGUAGAAAAACGUCAGAGCAGGUUCUUAAAAGGGAGGAAAUCAAGGAGUUGCAGAGGGAAAUUUUCCGGGAUUGA